AUAUAUAGGUCAAAUAAAAUGAAAACAUUGAUAAGAAGAGGAAAGCACGCUAAACCUCAUUAAUUGAAUUCUCAAAUUGUUUCAAGAAUUUGACACAGUUUUAUUACUAGUUAAGCAGCAAGUGUACAUGUGCUAGUGCUGCAUACGAAUGAGGUAGGUUUAUUACUCUAGAACAUUUUUGCAUUUGUCAAAUGAAAUCAGCAACAAACAGUAUUUGAAUUAAACAUUUAAUGUUAUAGUUUGGGGAACAAGUGAACAGGUACAGAUAAAACCACAUUUAUUAGUGAGUAAUCAAAGUAGCCUUGAAAAGCAGGAUUGAAAAUUGGGGUUUGCCUGUGUCAUGUAAACUUAUCUUAAUCCAAGUAAUUCCUCACCCUGACUAAUGGUAUACACGUAAACAUAGCCAUUGUAUAGAAACUGCAGUGUAAAGGUACUUCAAAAAUGUCAACCGUUUUGUUCCAUAGACACAGUAUGUAGGCUUCGAACGACGUGAGGCUAGACAAAUAAUGACUAUGCAUUUAAUUGCAUCAUCCUCCACAGCUCAACAUGGUAGUUAACCAGAACAAAAGUUCACUUGGCAGCACCUUCCACAAAAAGUUCCAGCUUUUCACUUUCUGUUUUGUAAUUUUUCAAAUAACCUGACACUCAGCGAGUUAAUGGUUAAUCCCACCAAAGCCAUGGUGCUAAUGUGCACAGCGCAGCAUGUUAACGUUCUCUUUAAAGUCCGGCUUAGCAAUAUGGCAUGUGGGAGUUUGACUCAAUGAGCCUUUAUGAGGGAUGGAGGCCAUGACUGAAGAUGCCGUCUUAGUUCCAAAAGAAGCCGUUGCUGGCAGUGUUGUCUUGUGAUAACCCCUGCUUUAAGACAAAUAAGUGUGUCCUCAGCACUCUGGAUUGUGCAAUAAGAGCAGCAGAGAUGACCUGCAAGUGUGGGACGUUACAUAACCCAUGAAAAAAAAUUAGCUUCUGAUGAGCAACAACUUCUAGACUGAUCAACAACAGAGACUUUGGCCCUCACUUGAAAACCAUGUUAGUGUGCACAAAGGUCUUUUGAUACACUAUUCCAACUAUUCCAGUUGUGCCACAAGCAUGGUUUUCAAAGUAUUGUCUGUAUAACGCAGGAAAUCACAUGUUGCGUCUGUGAAUAAGGGUGUGGCUUGGCUGUUUUCGCUUUUUUGAAGUCUACUUGACAUCCGUCAAUGAAUAGGGAAGUGAAACCUGAUUCAGCCAAGUCUGUGCAACUGUCAACAACAUAGACUGUACUUAAAGACAGUUUCUUGUACACAUUGUUAUAGUAGAAAUUGCCUCUUAAGGAUUUACGUAAUGCUGCCAUUGUAUUCCUUGUAUAUCGCCUGUUCCAUGUAGUGUUUGUUUAGUUUUAUAUCUAAGAUAUCUUCCUCGAUCACCUUGGCUAUAUUCAAUUAUGCAUUUGAUAAACAUUUCUCAAUGUUGUAUCUCUGUUUUUCACAGGGUGAAAAGAGCUCGGACCAUCUCAGAGGACAAUAACCUUUUGGAAGAAAAGAAUAUUGCAUUUUUAAUGCGUGUGCUUAAAAUAAACUUUAAGAUAACUUUGCUUGUACAUCCUCUAGAGUAUAAAAAUAAAAAAACUUUUUACUUCAUCUAUACUAGACAAAUAGCAGCAUUUGUCUGAUUUAAGGGAAACAGCGCGUAAUAUUUCAACAAUGCCAACUUGGCUUGAUACAGAAACUUGGUAUGGUGGACUUCUAACCAGGCAGAAGAAACAUGGCUCUCUAUCUCUAAGCGAUCAUCAGUUGUGCCUUUAUUUCUUCAUGACACGUGGAUGGAUUUAGACAUUGUUCCACUGCAGUCGCCAUCCAUUUCCUACUUAUAUCAGUGACAUUCUAGGUCUCGGAUAAUGAUAUGUCCAAGAAAGAAGAGGCCCAUCAAAGAUGAGGAUUUCUCUGCCAUUGUGGUGCCCUCCAUGAGGGGUCAUGGUUACUUGGAUUACACAGUUGAAAGUCAUCCCUUUAGAGCCAUGCAGAUCAUGGAUGAGCUCCGCCAUCAUGAGUUGCUCUGUGAUCUGGUGCUACAUGUAACUUACAAAGACAAGAUAGUAGAUUUUAAGGUGCAUAAACUGGUGCUGGCUGCCUGCAGUCCUUACUUCAAAGCCAUGUUCACCAGUAACUUCAAGGAAUGCCAUGCCUCGGAGGUCACCCUGCGAGACGUGUGCCCUCAAGUCAUCAGCCGCCUCAUUGACUUUGCCUACACCUCCCGUAUAACAGUGGGCGAGAAGUGUGUUCUUCACGUCCUCUUGACUGCGAUGCGCUAUCAGAUGGAAGAGGUGGCCAAAGCAUGCUGCGAUUUCCUCAUGAAGAACCUGGAGCCAUCAAAUGUCAUAGGCAUCUCGAGAUUUGCAGAGGAGAUCGGCUGCAUCGAUCUUCACCUUCGCACACGAGAGUAUAUCAACACUCACUUCAAUGAGGUAACCAAAGAGGAAGAGUUCUUCAGUUUGUCCCAUUGCCAGCUGCUGGAGCUGAUCAGUCAGGACAGUCUAAAGGUGCUCUGUGAGUCCGAGGUCUACAAGGCCUGCAUCGACUGGGUUCGCUGGGAUGCGGAAAGCCGAGCGCAGUACUUCCAUGCCCUCCUCAACGCGGUCCACAUCUAUGCCCUGCCACCCACAUUCCUCAAAAGACAACUGCAGUCCUGUCCCAUCCUCAGCAAGGCCAACUCUUGCAAGGACUUCUUGUCCAAGAUCUUCCAGGACAUGGCUCUUCGAAAACCCCUGCCGCCCGCUCCUCAUCGUGGGACGCAGCUCAUCUACAUAGCAGGAGGUUACAAGCAACACUCUCUGGACUCUCUGGAAGCCUUCGACCCACGGAAGAAUGUCUGGAUAAAUCUAGCUGACAUGGGAUGUCCUUGUAGCGGGCUCGGGGCGUGCGUGUUGUUCGGGCUCCUUUAUACGGUCGGGGGACGGAAUCUCUCUCUGCAGAACAACAUGGAGUCUGGAUCUUUGUGCUGCUACAACCCCAUGACUAACCAGUGGACCCAGCUGGCUCCGCUCAACACGCCCAGAAACCGAGUGGGUGUCGGGGUCAUUGAUGGCAGCAUUUAUGCCGUAGGGGGUUCACAUGCCUCUACACAUCACAACAGCGUUGAGAGGUAUGACCCAGAGACAAACCGCUGGACAUUUGUGGCCCCUAUGUCAGUGGCGCGGCUGGGGGCCGGUGUCGUCGCGUGCGGGGGAAGUCUGUAUGUGGUUGGAGGAUUCGACGGGGACAACCGAUGGAACACGGUUGAGCGCUAUCAACCAGACACGAACACCUGGCAGCACAUGGCACCUAUGAACACAGUUCGGAGCGGUCUCGGUAAAUAUACUGCACCAUUUAUCAAACUAAUGAGUUGGAACUGUUUUCUUUUACUUGACAUGUUAACCGCACAUGAUGUACUGCGUGAAUGGUGCGAUUAUAUAAAAGUGACUAAAGGGAACAAUAUGAAUAUAUGAGAACAAAAGACCACAUCAUAUCUAAUCAUCUAGUCAUUUUUCAGCAUGUUGUUACAACCUGCAACAACAUAAAACACCAUUAAAGUU